AAUUAAUCAAACAAAACCAAAAUUUAAAAAACAAUCGACGAUAGAAAAAUCUUGGUGUCCUUGCUCGUGUCCCACCCAAUCCUUGAUAAAUUGGUUUGAAUCAAGCUUCUUUUUUCUGUCAUUUCCAUAGACCUUUCAAGAAUCACUUAGAAGUUCUGCCGGUGAUAGUCUGGAGUAUAACAAGUGACAAGUGUAGGAUCCAGAAUGAACUUCCAAAACUCUCGAGACCCAUCUCCAUUCUUCUUCACUUCUCAUUUCUCUAUAAAUGUCUUCUUCAUCUUCUCCAUAACACCAUACCAAAGAACCAAAAGCUAAUUACAAAUCUGAGUCUCUGACAAUAGCCAUGGCUUCAACUCUUUCCUAUUCUCCUUCACCUCUGUUGUCCUUCAAACCCAGACCCCUCAAGAAAAUCCCUCUGCCACGAGUCACGGUCCUGCCUUUGAGGGUGAGGGCUGAGGCUGGAGCCAGCGGCGACAACAGCAAAGAUACAUCUUUGGAGGUUCAUGUCAAUCCAAGUGGCCAGGGCCAGGGAACGUCCGUGGAGAGACGGCCGGGGCCCAAGCGGCUAGCCCUGGACAUUUCACCUUAUGGAAUUCUAGACCCUCUGUCUCCAAUGAGGACGAUGAGGCAAAUGCUGGAGACAGUGGACAGGUUAUUCGAUGACGCAGUAAUGAUGUCGCCAGGAUUGAGAUGGAACAGGGGUGGGGUCCGAGCUCCUUGGGACAUUGAAGAGCACGAAAACGAAAUCAGGAUGCGUUUUGACAUGCCUGGCCUCUCCAAGGAAUAUGUCAAGGUUUCUGUUGAAGACAACUUUUUGAUUAUAAAAGGCGGCCAUGAGGCUGAGACCUCCAACACCAGCAGCAAUGAUGACGGCUGGUCCGCAAGGAAUGCCUCUGCCUACCACACCCGCCUCCAACUUCCUGAUGGCGUUGACAAAGACAGCAUCAAGGCUCAGCUCACCAAUGGCGUUCUUUACAUUACACUUCCCAAAAUCAAAGUCCAACGCAAGGUCAUGGAUAUAGAGAUCCAGUAACUAACUGUUUGAAAUUCAAAAUCCCACCGCUAGUUUUUGGUUUUGUUUGUGGUAUUCCUACUUUUAGCUCUCUUCGAUCUGAUGUGUAUAUAUACAUAUAUUAUUCAAUAAUAGAAAAUUAUGUCUCUCUUAA